AUGCAGAACAUGAGUGGACACCCACAGAACAACAAGAUAAACAACAUGGGAAGCGACAUGGUUGCAAGUGGACACAAGGAGAUGGGUUGGGGCGGGAGUAACUUCAUAGCUGGAGUCUUCAUCCAGGCAAUGAAUAAGAAGAUGAGCAUCUAUGAUGCCAUGAUGAGGGCAAUCCUGACGCCAGGCACGGCCCUGGUGCUGCUAGAAGCGCAGGCUGCUUCAGGGUUCCUCACCGACCCGGUGAGGAACAAGAAGUUGUCGGUGAAAGAGGCACUGACUGCUGGACUCAUAGGCAGAGAUUUUUACGAGAAACUCCUGUCGGCAGAGGGAGCCGUGACAGGGUACACGGAGCCGUAUACAGGACACAAGAUCUCCCUCUUCCAGGCUAUGAAGAAAGAGUUCAUAGUGAAAGAGCAUGCAAUCCGCCUGCUUGAGGCCCAGAUCGCCACCGGCGGCAUCAUCGACCCCGUGCACAGUCACCGCAUCCCCGUGGAGGUGGCCUACCAGUGCGGCUACUUUGACCAGGAGAUGUGCCAGUUUCUUUCUAACCCCAAGAAUCAAAGAAGAAGUUGCUUCGACCCCAACACACAUGAGAACCUCACUUAUACACAGCUCCUCCAUCGCUGCAUCCCUGAUCCAGACACGGGGCUUCUCAUGCUUCACAUGAUGGACAAGGGCUCAGUGCUCUACCAGCUGAACAAGGACGCCCGGAAAGCCCUGCAGGCCGCCCGCACCACCGUCAGCGUGGGUAUCUUUGAGGGCCAGAGCGUCACCGUGUGGGAGCUCCUCUUCUCUCGCUACAUCCCAGACCACAGGAGAGAGGAGCUCCUCAGGAAGUACAAGGCAGGGACAGUGACAAUCCCAGAGAUCAUCACCAUCCUCACCACAAUCAUCACCAGGGCAGAAAUGGAAAACAGGGAUCUGAGUUCUUCCACAGCAACACCCAGCAACAAGGAAAAUGGAGAUGUUUUUUCAACAGAAGAUGCAGAACUCAAUAACAUCUUAAAGUCUACCACCAUUGAUGUGCCAGCUGGCGAGUUCCAGGGGAGGCAGGUUUCCGUGUGGGACCUGCUUCACUCCAGGUACAUCCCUGAGGAGAAAAGGCAGGAGCUUCUGGAGUUGUACAGAAGCAAGGUAUUAACCCUGGAGCAGAUGAUAACUGUUGUCACCACUGUCAUUAGAAAAAAAGAAUCUACCAGCAGGAAAUUUCUAGUUGCUGUGAACACUUCCAGCAAGGACACAGGGACAGCCGCAGGAGACAAGGAUGCUCAUUCCCCCAAAGAAGAACCAUGGGAAACAGCCUUGAAAACCACAACCGUCGACAUGGAGGUAGGGGAGUUUCAGGGCCACAAGGUCUCGGUGUGGGACCUGCUCCACUCCAAGUACAUCCCCGAGGAGAACAGAAAGGAGCUGCUGGAGCUGUACCAGGGAGGAGUGUUAACCCUUGAGCAGGUGAAAACCGUCGUCAGCACUAUUGUAAGCAAGGCAGAAGCAGCAAGAGCAGAGCAGUCGGCUAAUGUGAGUGGUCCAAAGGCAGGGAGAACGACAAUCGCAGAAGCUGAGCACACCCAUCUGCAGGAGGACGGGACCUGGGAAGAGACCCUGAGGUCUGCGACAGUUGAGAUGGCAGCAGAUGAGUUCCAGGGGAGGCAGGUUUCCGUGUGGGACCUGCUUCACUCCAGGUACAUCCCUGAGGAGAAAAGGCAGGAGCUUCUGGAGUGGUAUCGUGCGGGGACCCUCCCCAUUCAGGAACUGGUCAGCACCAUCAGCACCACUGCUGCACACAGCAAAGAAAAACACCUUGCUCCCCUUCCCCAGCAGAUAGUGGAUCUCCUCCAGACCGAGGGCUCCUACAUUACUUUUGGCCAGUUCCAGGAGCAGAGGGUGUCGGUGUGGGAACUCCUCUCCACCAAGCAAGUCUCUGAGUACAAACGAGAGGCACACCUCGAUACUUACGGCGCAGGGGGGCUGACUGUGAACAAGAUCACCAUCACCACCACUGUCAUCACAGGCCCCCAGGGUGAGAAGAGCCACCAUCAGCAGCACUAG